AAUUAUUGUUGUUUAUAAAAUGCCAAGAUAACAGAGUGAAAGUGAAUAAUAUCUAUGUCUUCAUUGGCUUGUAAAAUUCUAUUCCUUUUUUCUUGUUCUAGUCCUGAUUUAUUUCAAUUUUCAUAAUAACAUUAACAUUAUAUUACAGAGCUGAUUGCAUUAAUUCUGAUGUUGUUAUUGCGUGGUUAAAGAAAAACAAAUUAAACUAUGGCCUCAACUUUGUAUCUUCUUCUCCUCAAUUUGAUAAUGCUAUUAUUUUCAGUAACAGUAAUGAUGGCCUUAGCGACGAAAAAGAGUUACAUAGUUCACACGAAACACAAGUACAAUGCAUCCAUGUACUCUUCCCUUCUCCAAUCUUCUUCUAAUUCGCUUCUUUAUGCCUACACUACGGCUUACAAUGGUUUUGCUGCUUCACUUAACAAAGAACAAGCGCAAACAUUACGCAGUUCCGAUUCAAUUCUGGGGGUGUACGAAGAUACCGUGUACUCGCUGCACACAACCCGUACCCCGGAGUUUUUGGGACUUGUUCAAACCCAUUCUCAGUUUUGGGAAGAUCUCCAACAAGCUUCAUACGACGUCGUUAUUGCAGUUCUUGACACUGGCGUAUGGCCAGAAUCACAGAGUUUUCACGAUUCUCAAAUGCCCCAGGUUCCAACUCGAUGGCGUGGUUACUGUGAAUCAGCACCAGAUUUCGACCCUUCACUUUGCAACAAAAAGCUUAUCGGUGCUCGUAGCUUCUCCAAAGGCUAUUUAAUGGCUUCCACCGGCGGUAGAAAGAAACUCAUGGACACUGUUUCGCCUCGCGAUAGAGAUGGACACGGUACUCAUACUGCCACCACCGCCGCUGGCUCCGCCGUUGAUAACGCCACUCUUCUAGGUUACGCUACCGGAACCGCGCGUGGUAUGGCUCCUCAGGCGCGCAUCGCCGCUUACAAGGUCUGUUGGACUGACGGCUGUUUUGCUUCCGACAUACUUGCCGGAAUAGAUCAAGCGAUCCAAGACGGCGUUGAUGUGUUAUCGCUCUCCCUUGGUGGUUCAUCUUCCACUCCUUAUUACUACGACACCAUUGCAAUCGGAGCGUUCGCGGCGGUGGAGAGAGGAAUAUUCGUUUCUUGCUCCGCGGGGAAUACCGGACCUCGCAGCGGUUCGUUGUCGAAUGUGGCUCCGUGGAUCAUGACUGUUGGAGCUGGGACGCUAGAUCGGAAUUUUCCGGCUUAUGCAAAACUCGGAAACGGGAAAAGUUUAUCCGGCGUUUCGCUUUACAGUGGAGAAGGAAUGGGAAACGAACCGGUUGGUUUGGUUUAUUUUAACGAACAGUUCAAUUCUUCAAGCAGUAUAUGUAUGCCCGGUUCACUUGACCCGGAAAUCGUGCGCGGGAAAGUGGUAGUUUGUGACAGGGGUGUAAACUCACGUGUAGAGAAAGGGUCAGUGGUGAACGACGCCGGAGGAGUUGGGAUGAUACUUGCGAACACGGCGUCGAGCGGUGAGGGAGUGGUGGCAGAUAGUCACGUGAUACCUGCCGUUGCUGUGGGAAAAAAUACGGGCGAUGAGAUUAAAGAAUAUGCAUCGUUGGAUCCUAAUCCAACGGCUGUCCUUAGUUUCGGUGGAACUGUGUUGAACGUGAAACCUUCCCCCGUGGUUGCUGGUUUCAGCUCUCGUGGGCCCAAUGGUGUGACGCCUCAAAUUCUUAAACCGGAUGUUAUUGGGCCUGGAGUAAACAUUUUAGCCGCAUGGACCGGCGCGGUUGGCCCAUCUGGUUCACAAGACACUCGCAAAACACAAUUCAAUAUCAUGUCAGGUACGUCGAUGUCAUGUCCACAUAUAAGUGGAUUGGCUGCAUUAUUGAAAUCGGUUCAUCCAGAUUGGAGUCCAAGUGCAAUCAAAUCAGCUCUCAUGACAACAGCCUAUACACGUGACAAUACCGAGUCACCCCUAAGGGAUGCAACGGGAGAGGCCUUAUCUAUUCCAUGGGCUUAUGGGUCAGGUCACGUAAGCCCACAAAAAGCUCUAUCUCCUGGCCUUCUUUACGAUACUGAUACUCAAGAUUACAUUGCAUUUUUGUGCUCUUUGAAUUACACACUUGACCAUGUGCAACUCAUUGUUAAGCGUCAUGAUGUUAAUUGUUCUAAGUACUAUUUUGCUGACCCUGGUGAUCUCAAUUACCCAUCAUUUUCGGUUGUAUUUGGAAACAAUAGUGUUGUUCAAUACACACGUAGACUCACUAAUGUUGGGGAGGCAAAAUCCGUUUAUGAUGUGGUUGUUAGUGGGCCAUCUACGGUGGGGAUAACGGUCAAGCCUACCAGGCUUGUGUUUGAACAAGUUGGGGAAAGGCAAACAUACACGGUGACCUUUAUCUCCAACAAAGAUACCGUUGAUGAUUCGGUUACGUAUGAAUUUGGAAGUAUUACGUGGAGCAACAAACGACACCAAGUUAGGAGCCCAGUUGCUUUUACAUGGACCAAUUUAUGAUGUUUUGGUUCCCAACUGUAUCAUUUUAGCCCAAUUGCAAUAGCAUAGGUCUAUUGCAGUUUAUUGACAAAAACAAAAAGACAGAAACAAAUCAACUUCUUUUGAGCUUGGGGCAUAUUGCUGUUGCCGUCAGUAACAUAGCAUUCUGAUAACAUUAAUUUAGUGUAAAGCUUUUUUUGUUGUUGAAAGAAUAAUAGUGUAAGGCUUUGACAUAACGUAAUGCUAAUUGCUAUACACCAAGUAUGUUUAGCCAAUGUUACAAGCUUAAACCUAGUCUGUAUUUGGUGUCAGCAUAGAGUUGUUAGAAUCCCACAUGGCCUACUUUUUUCUCAUGUGGCAAUGACCUUUCACCGUUAUAAUUUAACGAUGGACAAGUCCAGCGCAAAAACAAACAUAGGAUUACAUGUUUGGUUCGAUGUCAAUGCCAACUUUUUCA